AUGUCGAUGAUUCCGUAUCUAUACGAUCUCGAGAGGCCGCUCCGGAUGAUGGAGCGAGAAUUCUUCAGACCGGAUGACUUCUUCAGAUAUUCGCCAUACCAGGUGGCACAGCGCGACUUUUUCAAUCCAGAACAGCUUUUCAGGCCAUGGAACGCCGCGUUUCGAACAUGGGAAAACGUGAUGAGGCCUAUGGAGCAGUUGUCUUCAGCGAUGAACCAGCUGGCUUUGCAGGACAUCGGCUCGAACAUCACAGCUGAUGAAGAGAAAUUCCAAGUAAACGUGGACGUCCAGCAUUUCGCUCCCGAGGAAAUAGACGUGAAAGUUCUUAACGGACAUGUGGUAGUGAGCGGGAAGCACGAAGAGAAGCUAGACGAACACGGCUACGUUGCUCGCCAGUUUGUAAGGAGGUACUCGCUACCGCAAGGAUGUUUACCAGAUACUGUGGAGUCGAAGCUAUCUUCUGAUGGCGUUCUAACAGUCACCGCACCCAAAGUCCUGGCUAUGCCUUCUACCGGUGAGAAAAUCGUGCCCAUCACUCACACAGGACCUGUGAAAAAGCAACUGGGAUCACCAAGCAUCGAAACCAAACCGGCAGAAUCUUAA